AGCAUGAGACCAUCUCAGGUUCGAUGCAUAUCAGCACUUGACUCUGACCUCUCUCUGUAUCUCUACCCUUAGCAGCUUGGAUCACUUUCCUCCACAGUCUUGAGCUGUCGAUUCCUUAGACAUGGGGAGGCACUCAUGCUGCUACAAGCAGAAGGUGAGGAAGGGGCUGUGGUCUCCCGAGGAAGAUGAGAAGCUGGUGAAGCACAUUACAGAACAUGGCCAUGGGUGUUGGAGCUCCGUCCCUAAGCAAGCAGGUCUGCAGAGGUGCGGGAAGAGCUGCAGGUUGAGGUGGAUAAACUACCUGCGGCCUGAUCUCAAGCGAGGGACGUUCUCGGAGCAGGAGGAGAGCCUCAUCAUUGAGCUCCAUGCAGUGCUGGGAAACAGGUGGUCGCAGAUCGCAGCUCGGUUGCCGGGUAGGACCGACAACGAGAUCAAGAACUCGUGGAACUCCUGCAUCAAGAAGAAGCUCCGGCAGCGAGGCAUCGACCCCAACAGUCACCAGCCUCUCGGCGACUUCAAGAUGCCUACUCCGACCCCGGAGAACGUCAACCGUGCAGUGGCCGAGAAUUCAAUGGCGUCGACCUGCCUAUCCGAUCCAAUGGCUGUCUUCUCCCUCGCACAGUUGAGCUUCCGCCCUGACGACAGUCCCCAUUGCAGCACAGUGAUCGAUAGUAGUCGGAGCAGCAUGAGCAAAGCUAAUGGAGUGGAGUUACAGAGCAGCUGCUCCUUCGACGGUGGCAUCCUCCCUUGGUCAGAGUUGGCCCCGGACACGGAUGCACAGCUCCACCUCGAAGGGGAGUCAGAAGACCUCAAAUGGUCGGAAUACCUUCAAGGCGUCUUCCCAACACCAUCAGCAUCCCAAACCCAAACCCAACAGUUUGGUGCUUGGUGCUUGGCACCAGAACCAGAACCAGCAACAGUUUCUGCUUUCAGACAUCCAUGACAAGGAUUUCUAGAUGAUGCAGAUGGGUUCUGGCCAACUUUAGAUCGUCUAAUCCCAACUCAGAAAGAAGAAAUUUAGAGACAGUGACUCGUGUGUGUAUGUCAUCACAUAUCGAGUAAGAUUUCUACUCCUAGUUUACUG